CUCUCCGCGCUCGCCCAUCGAUCAGCCCCUCCCUCCGCAGCCUCGGCACAGAUCGCCAAGCUCAGCAAGUCUUGCAGCAAAGGCACUUCGGAGCUGAGUUGGGCCGGGGGCGGAGGGGGGACUCCGCGCCCGUGGGAAACCGCGGCCGCUGGAUCGCCGCCAGCACCGCAUCCCUGCAGCCCGACGCUCCUCCCGUCGGGGACCACGGAUCUUCUCCCGCCGCGUCGGGGUCGCCCUCGAGCCCAGGGAGCACAAGCUACCUGGAUGCUAGUUGGACCUACUCUUGGGAAGGCAAUUCCAGCUGAACCAGGACUUCAUCUACUUCAGCUGCAGAGCUGUUGUCUCAUCUGGUGCCCAGCAAGUGAAGGUGCUCAGUAGACAGCUGUUGAGUGAACGCUAAGGAAUUUUACUUGUGAUCGCAGCUGUCCCCUCUGCCACCAUGAGGAACAUCUUCAAAAGGAACCAGGAGCCCAUCGUAGCUCCUGCCACCACCACUGCCACAAUGCCAGUUGGACCUGCUGACAACUCUACAGAGAGUGGAGGUGCUGGGGAGAGCCAGGAGGACAUGUUUGCCAAGCUGAAGGAGAAAUUAUUCAAUGAGAUCAACAAGAUUCCCUUGCCACCCUGGGCUCUGAUUGCCAUCGCUGUGGUCGCUGGCCUCUUGCUGCUCACCUGCUGCUUCUGCAUCUGCAAGAAGUGCUGCUGCAAGAAGAAGAAGAACAAGAAGGAGAAGGGCAAAGGCAUGAAGAAUGCCAUGAACAUGAAGGACAUGAAGGGCGGUCAGGAUGACGAUGAUGCAGAGACAGGCCUGACUGAGGGAGAAGGAGAAGGGGAGGAGGAGAAAGAGCCAGAGAACCUGGGAAAACUGCAGUUUUCUCUGGACUAUGAUUUCCAGGCCAACCAGCUCACCGUGGGUGUCCUACAGGCUGCUGAACUCCCUGCCCUAGACAUGGGGGGCACUUCAGACCCUUAUGUCAAAGUCUUCCUCCUCCCAGACAAGAAGAAGAAAUAUGAGACCAAGGUGCAUCGGAAAACACUGAAUCCUGCCUUCAAUGAGACCUUCACUUUCAAGGUGCCCUACCAGGAGCUAGGAGGCAAGACCCUGGUGAUGGCCAUCUAUGACUUUGACCGAUUCUCCAAACAUGACAUCAUUGGAGAGGUGAAGGUGCCCAUGAACACUGUGGACCUCGGCCAGCCCAUCGAGGAAUGGAGGGACCUGCAAGGCGGGGAGAAGGAGGAGCCAGAGAAACUGGGUGACAUCUGCACUUCCCUGCGCUACGUGCCCACUGCUGGGAAGCUCACCGUCUGUAUUCUGGAAGCCAAGAACCUCAAGAAGAUGGAUGUGGGAGGCCUGUCAGACCCCUACGUGAAGAUCCACCUGAUGCAGAAUGGCAAGAGGCUCAAGAAGAAGAAGACAACGGUGAAGAAGAAGACACUGAACCCCUAUUUCAAUGAAUCCUUCAGCUUUGAGAUCCCCUUCGAACAGAUUCAGAAAGUCCAGGUUGUGGUCACUGUGCUGGACUAUGACAAACUGGGCAAGAAUGAAGCCAUUGGCAAGAUCUUUGUGGGCAGCAACGCCACGGGCACAGAGCUUCGGCACUGGUCUGACAUGCUGGCCAACCCUCGGAGGCCCAUUGCCCAGUGGCACUCACUUAAGCCGGAGGAGGAAGUGGAUGCACUUCUGGGCAAGAAUAAGUAGACGGCAGCAACUGGGACCACAAGUCCUUCACAGACACUGACAAGAUCCAGAGCUAUCAAUACCUCAGUUAUGCAACCUUAGAGGUGUUUUUGUUUUGUUUCUUCAUUUGUUUGUGGUGUGUCCUUGUUUUUCUUUCAUUUUUCUCUUUUUAAAGGCCAACUUCCCUUUGAUGGCUACAUGAGGAGAGUCCCCUAAGAGGUGAAAGAGAAACCUGGCUCUGUUCAUUGUCCCAGGAGCUAUCCUUGCUGCAUGCCCUAUCACGUUUCUACUCACUCUCUCAAAGCUUCACACGAGCCUCACCCAGAGUAAGGCCCUCUCCUACCAGAAAGUUGAAGAAGUUCCUGGUUUUUGUGGGUUCUGGACCAACAAAAUAGCAGCACAUUCUGUUUCCUAAUGAGAGAGAGAAAGACAGACAGAGAGAGAGAGAGAGAGAGAGAGAGAGAGAGCAAGAGAGAGAGAGAGAGAGAGAGCGAGUGCAUUUGUGGCCUCCCCGUCUGUCUCUGAGUGCAUUCCCAGAAUGAGCUAUGGACAGUGGGACAGUGAAGCUGUGUAAGAAGAGAAAGCUCGUGGACUCCAAGGUGAAGAAAGACGACUGCCUAAGUGGGAGGUCUGUCAGCUUGUGGAGAAGGCCCGAAACCCUGGUGAGAUGCCAGACCUUCUCAUAUUCUUUGUGAGUGGCUCUCUGGGAGGCAGCAAGAUGUGAAUCCAAAUCCAAAAACUAGGAUCUAAAUCCUUGAUGUCAUCAAGACUUCCUCUUGUCAGUUGGUUUCCUCAGAAGUGGGAUUUGCGGGACAUUUGUGGAAAUAAACUAUUCAUUAUAUUGGUCAGCCAUCAGGGACUGUCAGCCCUAGGAUCUCACUUACUGACAGUGAAUAUCAAGAUAUGAAGAAACAGAAGUCCUGUUACUCAGAAAGCCUAAAAUUAAACUCUUGGAUCUUUGCCUUGUCCAGUGGGAACAGAUGCUUUCUUCCUCUCCAGAACACAGACCACGCAAUUCAUUUGCAUUUACUCACCA